AUGCGCAAGGAGAUCUGCAAGGAGCAGCGCCGGCAGAAAGCCAAGGCCGAGAUGCGAGCAGAAGCGACCAAGGAGCGCUUCCUGUCGGACGAGCAGGCUGCGCUGGAAGUGGACCAGGAUGCCUCGGAUGCCUUGCGAAAGCUAAUUACCAACAAGGAGGAGGAACUUGCGAGGGACGAGCAGCUCAUUGAGAAGCAAAGGCGCGACAGGGAGGACGCUGAGAGUAAGAGCAGCGAGAAGCUGGGGCACCUCUCCGGAAUCAAGGCCAGAAUAAGCAAAGAUUUGCGGGACGCCCAAGAGAAGCUGCGAGUGCUCAAGGAAGACUCCCAGGCUGCCGAGUCGACUGUAAAGUCCCACGAGCAGCAUGUGGACCAGCUGCGAGAGGACCUCAAUGCCAAGAAUCGGGAGAUCACGGAGGCUGAGGAGACGAAAGCUGCUCUCGAGAGUGAGAUACGGGACCUGCAGAUGCGGCGCCAGGCUCUCCUGGUGGACAGAGAGAAUCUUCGAAAAGACAUGGACAGGGCCCAGACGGAGAAGGAGCAGAAGCUGCUGGAGAAGAGUGCAGGUGAGGCCUUCAUGCAGCUCAUUACGAACUUGCGCAACUCCUUGGCUGAUCCAUCUUGGACCCGGAAGGAUGAAGUGGAGCGAGUGUGCCGCAGAGCCAGCACCCUGCAAGACAUUCUUAGUGGCUUCAGCGAGGAGGUUUGGGAAAGGAUCUCAGAAGGGGACGGGCUCGAAGCCAAGCUGAACGCACUUCGAGCGUGCGUGAGCAGCGCUGAGCAUCAGAGGAUUGCAGGAGAGAGCCAGGCAGAGGCUUGCCGGAGGCUGCAGAAAGUCGUGCACGAUUCCUUGCAUGCGCCCAAGCCCGAGCUCGUGCUCGACGUGGGCACAGAUGGGCAAGAGAUUCGACGAGCCCAAUUCUACGCAACUAAUCUGACAGGAAGUAAGGUUCAUGAUCAGGUUAGAGACUUGGUCGAGCACGACAUCUGUGCUGGAUGUAGGGGCCUUCAGUUUGACAGCCAGGGUGUUCUUCGCUGCGAGCCAAAUGGUGUGUCGAGCUUCGAGGAGCUCCCACCAAGACUAAAGGACCUUAUCCAUGAUGAGAUGCGAUUGCAACUCAAAAACAACACCAGCUUUCCUGAUCAGCACCCAGCCAUGAAGGCCAAGUUCGAUGACGCAGUUAACGCCAUCAACAGUCUCAACCUGCACUACAAAGACGUCGUGGCCCGAUACGUGGACGAGAUUGAAGUGGUUUGCGGGGGUUGCUUCGUGUUGGACAAGAACCCCUGCUAUCCAGGAGUUGACCUCACUGUCCGCGCGCAGGAUGCCCAGUUCUUGCCAGCAGAGAUUGACAGCUCUGGUAGAGACGGUGGCAAGUUCCUCUACCAGACCGCGGCCAGUGGCCAAGAUCGGCGAAAAGGAAGUGAGCCCGAGGGCUUGCAGGGCUCUGACGGGUGUCAUGGCCAAGAUGGUGAGCAUGGAGGGCAUGUGACUAUCAAGGUGACCAACGUGAUCAAGGACUUCCAUCAGCUGAAGGGCAUCAAAGCCAACGGCGGCAACGGUGGAACAGCCCAACUCGGGGGCAACGGCGACAGGGGGAGGAAAGGCAAGGACGGCGAGGAUGGCAAGGCUGCGGACACGAGCUGGAGUGGCAGCGGUCAGACUUGCAUCAGCUGGGGAAAGGAGGGCAAGGAAGGUGGUCCAGGCGGUGCCCCUGGAAAAACCGGCUUGUCCGGCAGAGCUGGCUGUGCUGGGAAGAUCCGGAUCGAGCACGCCAACGAGGCUGUAGACAUCUCCCAGAUGGCUUUUGCGGCGGAUGGUGUGGCGGCCAGCUGUGUUUUGCGAGGCACAGCCCACCCGCCCAUUGGAGGCGAGGGCGGUGAGCCAGGUGCGUUUGGCUUGGAUCAUGUGAAGGACAAGGGUAGUACAUGGAGCAAGCAGAAAGAACGGCACAUGGUAUUGGAUCGUGAAAAGAUGAAGGCAACCAUCAAGCACCGCUACAAGGGCCAUGUGUCACGAGGAGAAGACAUCGAGUCCACCAACCAUAACGCCUGGUUCUCUCUGCUCGGCAUUAUUCCCCUUUUAAUUUCCACUACAGCACAAGUUGAUCGCAUCGACCUGCACGAGGCAGUAGCGAAUCAGGAAGAGUAUCGGAACCGUGACCGCAACAAAGCGCACCGACGUGGAAAGGACCACGAGGGUGAGGCACACUUGAGGGAGGACAAGCGUGAUGGACGAGGACCGCAGCGACCACAACGGAACGUUGACUGCCUCGAGCUUGCACUUAACGAUCUGAUCGAUGAUGCGAAGGAGACCAGUGGCGAGGCCGAGCACGCCAUGGCCCGGGAUGAAACUGCAAGGGAGAUCGCAGAUGUGGAGGACGAGUUGGCGCAGUGCCAGCAGCAUGCAGCCCACAUCGACACGGACCAGGAGAGUGUGCAGGCCAAGCUGGAGCAAAGACAGGCAGAGCUCGAGAAGACCCAGACUGGUCUCGACGACCUUAGAGCUCAGGUAGAUCGGCUAGACUUGCAGUCGGUCUCUGCGGCUCACAACCUAAUGCGCGAGAUAGAGAGAUCGCAGAAAGCCCGCGACCGCAGCACUCAGGAGAAGCUCCGCGUGGAACAACUCGUCGAGUCCUUGAACAACGAAAAGCAGAAGGAGGACAGUCUGAAAGAGUCGAGAGAGGACUUACUCAGAUUGCUAGACGAGCAACUGGGAGCUCUAAGGAUCCGGCGCAAAGCUCAUGCUGAGGAGCUCAGACGACUCAAGCAAGAGCUGCUGAAAGGGAAUCAGCAGAUGCGAGAGAAGCGAGAGAAUCGGAAGCACUUGCAAGCUUUGCUCGCGCAGAGGGUUAGAGACAUACACCAGGACCACCAGGAGGUGGAGAUGGAAGAGGACCAGCAAGAGCAAGAGCAAGAGCAAGAGCAAGAGCAGGACGUGCACGUGCACCAAGUCGAAGCUGAGGAGUUAGAGCUUGAGAUCCCCGCUUCAAGCUCUGACAGCUGCAUCUUCUACAGCCCAGAACCGUUCCUACCUUCCGACUUGCAGUGCACAUUGCAAGAAAAGCUUGUUGAGAAGAAGCAUGCGAUGGGCGUUGCCGUCAGAGCGAGCCGUGCCGGUGUUCUUCCUCCGGAGCAGCUGUUGGGCAUGCUUUCCCAGAUAAGCCAGCCGGUCGAAAAGGGGUUCAGUGUCACUUUGGAGAAGCUCUGCCUGGCACUUGACAGCCAGCUUGGCAAGGAUAGUUUCGAGGAGGGUGUCUGCAAGGUAGCACGCCAGCACUGGCGUGCCUGCAUCCCGAAGCUGUCAGCCUUGCAGAUUUGGGUGCUCGGGUCCUGGCACAACUCGAAUCUGGAGCAGCUGGUGUCAAGUGUAACUUCGGAGGAGCUCUUGCAACUGUACCAACAUGCAGCAUCCGAGCCUGAGACGGUGACUCCCUCCUUGUGGUCAUCCUUCAAAUCAUUUUUCAGGACGAGAUGCCAUUCUCCCGAGCCUGAGACAAUGCGUGGGCCAACGAAAUCCUACAUGGAUGAAAAGCUCCUGGGCGCACUGUCGGAUCACAUCCCCGUGCCUGCCGUGCCGCCACCUGAGCUGCAGCUGUUCCAGGAAGCUUCAGGUUGGAUUCAAUCCCUGAUCACAGAGACCAUGCUUUGCCAGCUAAGCCAAGUUGAGCGCGUGCUGCUCAUGGAAAACCUCCAGAAAGUCUGCGACAAGCUGGGAGCUGACAGGUUGGUACCCUUGACCAGCACCUUCCAGGAUACCUUUGUGAUUGCAGCGCUGGAGAAGAUCAGGGCACCGUCCGAGACUUCCGGAAGCAUCGAAGCCUUCCGUCCCGCUGACUUGCCAGGGGACGUUGCACGCAAGUUGCGGCAGAACAUGGAAGGGCCACGCUGCGUGCAUCAUGAGUUGGAGGCACAGAUCGGAGCCAUACUGGAACUGCUGCAGUCCGAUGGGAUUUUUCACUUGGAGCUGUGCGCUUCACGUCCGGCAGAAUGUCCUUUACCGUUGUCGGAACUUGAGCUGGCACUUGUGAGAUACAGCCAGACUUGGUUUAUGGACAAAGCAAAGAGCUCCCUAGCCAAGGAGCAGCUUUGCCAAAGGGCCAAAGAGGCGAACCUCUCCCUGAUGGGCUUGCGCACGCAGCAGCUCUCUGAACUGGUCGAGGCGUUCCUCAAAGAGAUGAGGAUUUUGGAGGGAUCCCAACGACAACAUUUCUUCAGAGCGCUGAAGGCAAACUUGCGGAGUUUGUGCAUCUUUGCACUUGAUUGGAUCAGAGAAGAGUCUGCAGACAUAUGGGAGUUUCGCAAAUUGGAAUCGACUGUGCAAAGCGCUUUGCAGACUUCUUCCUCACAUGAGGCGGCGUGCAGUGCCAUGAACGACUUUUUUGACGUCAUUGCAGUGUUUCGGAAGUUGACUGGGCCAAGUGGACCAAUAGUUGCCGGGAGCUCGUCCAAAGCUUCCAGCAACCGAAAUACUGCCAGCCUGUUGCAAGCUACACGUCGCUUGUUGUUGUUCAUAGAUGGUCCAGAAUCGCGCAAUCAGUCUGGCGAAAUCUUGGCCUACUUCAAAAGCUUGGCCGAGCACCAAGAGUCGUCGGAUUUUUGUGGGAGAAUCCAAGAGUUGCAAGAGAAGCUGGAAGCGUUGGAGGCCCAACAUACCGAAUUCGAGGUGGAGACUGGGCCAAGCGCAGGAGAGAAGACGGACAAGCGCUUGGAGCUGCUGAGGGGCCUGCAAGCUCACCUGCUCCAGGAAUACGGUUCCGCCGCAAACGAAGAGUCCUCUUUACCUUUCGUAUUGUCUCUUCUGCGUGGAUGUGAUCAGUGGAGCGACUGGGAAGCCGAGGCAAAGGGGCUGUUCAAGUCAUUAGGAGACCGGCAAAAAGAAGCUGCCAGCAUGGCUGAGAAGAAGUGGGAUGCAAGCUUCACGAAGGAGACGUACCACAAAGAGUAUAAAGAUUUUGAAUACGCAUUGCUCGUCACGCCAAGCCUUUCAGGGGCAGGCAGUCAGCAUGUCACCUGCGACAUCUCAAAAAGGCUUGAUUAUUUCAAGACCGCGGCAUGCUUCGAGCAAAAGGCCUUCAUGGAAGCUCUCGACUUUUUCAUGGGUUUCACCGGUCUAUCUUCUGCUCCACGUGAUCAUGAUGGCACGCGGCUGCUGGCAGCCUUGCAGCAGAUCGAUGCCCUGUUGAAGGGCACCGAAGAGGAGCGCACGCUGGAGGUGCUGUCCGGAUUGGCUAUUAAGGAGGCAGACCUGCGCAAAGAGCUCGGCUUUAUCCCGAAGUCUGGGAAGUACCUAGUUGAUCAGCGUGAGCUGCAGCAGGCUUUGCACUCGCUCCGAGAGCGGGCGACUGCAGCUGGUGGACUGCAAGCGCUCUUGGAUCGCUUGAAACAGGUCUGGGGCCGAGACGUCUGCCAAGAGCAGCACAACCUGGAGUACCGCUACGUUCUCGAGCUGUGCAACCCGGAGCACCUCCGUUUGGAGAAAGUGGCAGAGAAGCUGAACUCCGAAAGCUUGUCUCUGGACGUGAGCCUGCUGCUGAGGAGUAGGUACACCUUCCUUUGCGAAGAGGCCGCGCGCGGCAUUUUCUCCAGGCUCCUGGACAUAGCCUCCCAGGUGCCAAGCCAGGAGCAGCUCGCAGCAUCUUGCCACUGCUUUUGGGACACCGUCCGGCUGCUAGAGACUGUCAAGUCCCACGACUUCCAGCGGCACAAGUUCUACGAGUCCCUGCAGAAGGAGCUGUGCCUACUAAACAUGCUCAAGAGAAGCCCAAGCGAAGCCAAGGAGUGGGUGGAAAGGGUCGAGAGCCAUGAGUUCUCAGGAGCUUAA